CACUCUACCAUGAAACAUUAUGCCACGGUUCAUGUGCAGUAUGCGGCAUCGAAAUUGCAGUGGAGGCAGCCGAUCGCCUCAAAUAAGAGUUCAGAAGACAUGUCUGCAAAGGCGCGGCUGACGAUCAUCGCAAUCUUGGCCGCCUGCUUCGCCUGGGACGUGAUGGCGCAAGAUGGCGGGCUGCCCGCCACGCGUCUUUCACCCGUGUCAACGACGGAGGGCAGUGACCAAAUUCCCAGACCGACCUGCGCGCCAUCUGAUGGCUGGCUCGCCAACGCGUCGCUGCUGACACAGUUGGCCUUCUGGUUCGGCGCCGUCGGUCUGGUGGUCACCCUGUGCGUCACCGCCGGCUACUUCUGCUGCUUCUCUUGCGGACCGGUCCGAGCGGUGAGACUGCGGCGGCGGGACCGAUCUUCGAGGUCCCGAGAACGGCUGCUACCACCGGCGACCAACGGAACAGACCAGCGCGAGCACCAAAGCACCGUUCGACUGCUGUGCGUCAGGGUCGGGAACCCGGCUGGAACGAGGCCCACGUCACCCACCCACGCCAGCGUCUUCCCGCGCCUGGCAACAUUGGGUUCGGCACAGGUCGGGCCACCUGGCGUACCUGCGGCCACGCAGAUUAGCCGCGGAGGAGCCCCCAGCACCUCGUCCCCCGUUAUCGUGGCGCACCGCGUAGAGGACGAGUUCGGGUACCAGGCCCAAACGCUACAGCCUUACUCCGCAGGCCCACCGGCGUACAGCACCGUUGCCAGCAGCACCACCUUCCCGUUUAGCCCGCCAGGGCCGGGUCCGCAGCAUCCGGCGGCCAUGGGCGUUCCAAGAUCCCCGCCUCCACCUUACACGUUCCAGGGCUACCAGCAGUAACGUGCACGAAUCUCGCCCACUUUGCGGCAGCAGCGAUGGGCUAUACGCACACGUUAUUGCACGCCAUCUCACAUUUUUUAAAAAUUUUGCACGGGCAUAUUGCAGUAAAGUGCAGUAAAGUGUUUUUUUUUUCGUUGUUCUACUUUACUCACAUGUUAUUCCCAGGGGAAGCGCUUUAGUGUUUCCUUUCUUCAUUCGCUGGCGUUAGUUUUCUUAUAACGCGGUUUUAGUUGUGACGUUUUACCU